UUUGCCCAUACUCGUCUUCAAAGUCCCAAACUUUCUAUAUAAAUACGGAUACUGUCGAGUCGACUUCAUAUUCAUCUACUUCUGUAGAAAAACAGUCAUAAAGAAAUACAAAAAAAAAUGGAAACCAAAGGCUUUUUUUACUGUGUUUUGGUCUUGAUUUUCCUGUUUUUUCAAGGAUGCGUUGAUGGAAGGUUAUUAGCUGAACCCAAACCUGAUAGAGAUGCUGCUGCUGCCUAUGCUCGUUGGUUGGUGUCUCAGAAUUCUUGGGGGAUUUUAAACACAAUAUCAAUUGAAUUGGAAGGGUCACCAUUUGGGAAUGUUGUUUCGUUUAGUGAUGGGGUACCCAGCAAAAGUACCGGUGUCCCGUAUUUCUAUUUGACAACCCUUGAUCCAACAGCAAGAAAUGCAUUAAAAGACCAGCGGUCCUCACUUACAAUCAGUGAGUAUCCGCUCGGAACUUGCGGCAAUGCCGACCCAGAAAGCCCUACAUGCGCAAAACUCACACUCACGGGAAAGUUGGUACUAGUUGAAGCAAACUCUAAAGAGGCCGAAUUUGCUCAAACUGCAUUGUUCACAAAGCAUCCUGAGAUGAAGGGGUGGCCUAAGGGUCAUGAUUUCCGGGUUUUCAAAUUGGGGAUCGAAGACAUCUUUAUGAUUAACUGGUUUGGUGGACCAAAAUCUCUCACAGUUGAUCAAUACCUCAAAUACCAAACGAACAGAUUUGCCGUUAAUAAGUGAAAGGGUGAAUGCAAUGCCCAACUCCAUUCCCAUACAUGGUUAUAAUUGUAAACUGUGAUUAAUGAUAACUU